AUGCGCCUGUCUCUGGUCUACCUGGGAUUUGUAUCAGUGGCUCUUGCUGCUCGUCCUUUUUUGAAUGAGCCCGACACUGCGAUCGAGGAUGACUUUGGUGAUCUCCCAGCAGGCGUUCUUCCUGACCUAUCCAAGAUCGUCGGCCUGCCCGAUUUUAAUUGGGCUGCCAGACGAUACAUGAACAUCUCUGCCUACACGUUCUACCAAACUGGCUCCGCUGGAGAAUGGUCUUACAGGAACAACUUGGAGGGGGCUGCCGCAGAGAACAUCCUAUAUGUGCCUUCACUAUUUGCAACUCUCUCCAUUGAAGACAUCGCUGCAGCCAAGAACACAAGCCAAGUUAUAUUCCAGCAAGUAUACCUAGAUUCAAACGACACUGCGACCCAACUCCUCUUCAAUCGUAUUGAGAGGUCAGGUGCAAAGGCUAUUGUGUACACCGUGGAUGCUCCAGCGGAUGGAAAUAGACAUCGUGCUGCCCAUUUCGGCGCCAAUUCUAAGCAAGCUGAAUUCCUUCAUGAAGAAUUGGCGUAUACUCUCAUCACCUGGGACAUCUACAAGCAGCUACAAACCAUGACUAUGCUUCCAAUCAUCAUCAAGGGUAUAGGGUCUGUCGAAGACGCACACGCAGCCGUCGCUGCUGGCGCACCUGGUAUAAUUCUGUCAAACCACGGCGGACAGCAGCUGGAUGGCAGCUCAUCAUCGCUGGAGAUCGCGCUAGAGAUUCACAAGGAAGCCCUGGAGGUGUUCACACAGACCGAGGUGUUCGCCGACGGUGGCGUGCGCUAUGGCGCCAACGUCCUCAAGCUGCUGGCAUUGGGCGUACGCGCUGUCAGUAUCGGCCAGCCCUUCAUAUUCUCCAAUGUGUAUGGCAAGGAUGGUGUGGUGCGCGCGAUUCAGUUGUUGAAGUGCGAGAUUGCGGGCGACGCUGCAAAUUUGGGAUUGGGUGAUUUAAAGAAGAUAGAUGCAUCUUACAUUAGUGAAGUGGACGCCAAACCACUGGUACGGCUAAAGGCCACAAAGCAGAUUGAACAUAUCUUGCGAUAUGGUGUACACCAGCCUGGUUUGUAG